UGCAUAUGCUCUUUCACAAACAAACAAAAAAAUGGAUACCAAACCACAAUACAAACCAAUUUAUUUGCUACUGAUCUGUCUAUCAAUACUGAUCCUGCAUCAAAGCUUUGCUUUUGGAUCAAUUUCAAGAGGGGAUCAUGCAAAAGUUUUGUGCAUAGCAAAGGAGAGGGAAGCUCUUCUCGAGAUCAAACGAGGUCUCACAGACGAACAGAAUAUACUUUCUUCAUGGGGAAAUGAAGAAGAUAAUGAGGAAUGCUGUUCAUGGUGGGGCGUCAAAUGCAGUAAUACAAGUGGCCAUAUACGCGCCCUUAAUCUUUGUGGUAACAGGGACACGUAUUUGACAGGUAAGAUUAGUACUUCAUUGGUUAAGUUGCAGUAUUUGAAGUACUUGGACCUUAGUUCCAAUAAUUUUAGUGGCCAAAUACCAAAUUUUAUCGGUUACCUCAAAAGACUAGAGUACCUAAAUCUCUCAUCUAGUGUCAGCCGAUUUACUAGUCUAAUUCCUCCUAAGUACCUAAAUCAUUCAUCUAUGCUCGGCCGAGUAAUUGGUGAAAUUCCUCUAUCUAGAUUCAGCCGAUUUACUGGUCUAAUUCCUCCUCAGCUCCAAAAUCUGACACACUUAAGGGCGCUUGAUCUUGGUGGCAAUCUUUUAACAGUCAAGAGCCUUGAGUGGCUUCCUCAUCUAGUGUAUUUGGAGUACUUAGAUCUAAGUAAAUCAAAUGUGCAAGCUAAAAACUGGUUGAAAGAGAUAAGCAAGCUCCCUAAUUUGAGGGAAUUGCAUUUGUCUUCCUGUGAACUCCCCAUAUUCAUUCCUUCAUCAGUUGUCCUAGCCAAUAUUUCCUCCUCUCGUCUUUCCAUCCUUGACAUCUCCGAUAAUGAAUAUUCGUCUCCUGCAACGUAUAGUUGGUUGUUUAACUUCACUAGUCUUACUAGCCUAGAUCUUUCAUACAAUGACUUAGGUCAACUUGCUAGCGGGUUUGGGUACAUGAAAUCUUUGGAACAUCUUAAAUUUUCUGGCCGUCAUUUUUUGGGAUUACAUAUUGGAGUUGGUAUUGAAGGCAGGAUACCAGAAUCUUUUGGGAAUUUGAGACAUUUAUGCUCUCUUGAUGCAACAUACAAUCACUUAAGUCAACCAUUUUCUGAGUUGCUUAGUAUCUUAUCAGGAAGUAAUAGAUCGCUUGAAUUUUUGUCCUUUGAGGGAAAUGCACUCACUGGUUCAUUGAAUAAUCUUACUAGAUUUUCAACCUUGAGGGAGUUGAGGCUACACGACAAUUUGUUAAAUGGCACUUUCCAUGAAAGCUUUAGACAAAUCUCCAGUCUUGAAUAUCUAGAUUUGUCUAAUAACCAAAUGACAGGGUCAUUACCAGACUUGGCAUUAUUUCUAUCAUUGAGAGAGUUGCAUCUAAAGUCUAAUCACUUCAAUGGAACGAUACCACAAGGUUUAGGGCAACUUUUCCACCUUGAAAGUUUCGAUGCUCCUUAUAAUUUGUUAAAAGGUACAAUCUCUGAAUCCCAUCUUUCCAACCUUUGCAACUUGAAAAGUUUAGACUUGUCUUCCAACCCCUUGACUUGGAAUGUUAGCCUUGAUUGGGUUCCAUGUUUUCAACUACAGGUUAUUAGACUUUCAUCUAGUAAUCUUGGGCCUCUUUUUCCAAAAUGGCGUCAAACUCAGAAUAGCUACUCAUUUCUGGAUCUCUCUCUUAAUAGUAUCUCGGACACAAUGCCUAGUUGGUUUCCAAAGUCGCCUUCCACGUUAUAUUCUUUGAAUCUCUCUUACAACCAAAUCAGUGGAAAGAUACAUGAUUUAUUAGCUAAUAAUGCUCUUAUGGUCAUAGAUUUCAGUUAUAACAACUUUUCUGGGCCCUUACCAAGAUUUCCUAAAUCGCUACAUGACUUAUAUCUCAACAAAAAUCAGUUUUCUGGAUCACUCAACGCCAUAUGUAUACUUCGUUUACUCCAUAUCCUUGACUUGUCAGAAAAUCUCUUGUCUGGAGAAAUUCCUGAUUGUUGGAACCCCAUGGGUGAUCUUUUGGUCCUUAAUGUGGCCAAUAACAAUAUAUCUGGAAGCAUUCCAUCCUCUCUCUGUUCUUCAUCCUCUUUAACCUCUCUAUAUGUGCGUAACAACAAUUUAAGUGGAAAUUUUCCUGCAUCUUUGAAGAAUUGCCAACAUCUACAAGUCUUGGAUUUGGGAAGAAAUUCAUUGACUGGAAAAAUCCCAGAAUCGAUAUGGACUAAGUUAGCUCAUUUGGGCAUUCUGAGCCUUCGAUUCAACGGAUUCUCUGGGAGCAUUCCGCCGAGUAUAUGUCAGCUUCAAUCUAUUCAAAUACUGGACCUUUCUGGAAACCAUCUAUCAGGAAGAAUUCCCCAAUGCUUCAGCAAUUUCACCGAACUGCAACAACCGUCGAAAAUACUGGGGACGGAUGAUUCGCUUAUCACAAGAUUUAUUCCAAGGAGCAGCCCGGAUUACCACAACAAUGCAUUAGUUCAAUGGAAAAACAAGGAGUCAGAAUACCGUAAUACCUUGUGGCUUUUGAAGACCAUCGAUCUUUCUAGCAACGAACUAGUUGAUGACAUCCCCAGAGAUUUUAGCAAAAUGAUUGCACUGGCAUCAUUGAACCUAUCAAAAAACAAUUUGUCAGGAAGUAUCAUUGAAGGAAUCGGUUUGAUGAAGAUGUUGGAGUGUCUAGACUUGUCAGGGAAUCAGCUCUCAGGGAAGAUCCCAGUAGGACUUGCUAACUUGACAUUUCUUAGCGUGUUAAAUUUGUCAAACAACAACUUCUCUGGGAGAAUACCAUCGAGCACUCAAUUGCAAGGCUUUGAUGUCUCAACAUAUGGUGGAAAUGUUCAGCUAUGUGGCCCUCCUCUUCCAGAGUGUCCUACAUUUUCUCCACCAAAUCCUCAUGUUGGUUAUGACAGUACUUUUCAAGAAAAUGAUGAUGUGUUUCUUUCUAAAGAGUUUUACAUAUCGAUGGCGUUGGGUUUCAUUGUUGCAUUUUGGGGAGUGUCAGGCUCUUUAUUGUUCAAAGAUUCAUGGAGGAAUGCCUGUGAAAAAUUAAAGUUAAUUUUUUGGAAGAACAAAAAUAUCAUAGAUAUUUAAAAGAGUUUCUAGAAAGUUAUAAUAUAAUAUCUUUGAUAUAUAUUGUAUUUAGGAAUUGUCUAGAAAUUCUAGACACUUAGAUAUUUAUAGUUGAGGAUAGAAUUAUACAAAUAGUCUAGUGUAGGAUCUUGGAUAAUUAUCACUAAAGAAAAAUCUAGAUAUUCUAGAGUAAAGGAGAUAAAGAUGAUUAGAUUUUUCUUAUGGAUGUAUCUAGAAUAAUAUCUAGAAGCAUCCUAAGACAAGUAUAAAUA